AUGUCCUCAGCAUGUGCAGAAAAUGCCCUUGUCCAGAAGCGAAGCACCAGUCAACGAAGAUCCAGAUAUGGCUGCCGCAAUUGCAAGCUCCGAAAACUCAAGUGCGACGAAAGCAGACCCCACUGCAAGAAAUGUCGCGCCUUCGGAAUCGUAUGCAACUCCAUGUCCAAUGUUCCCGACCUGCAGCCCAUCGCCGCUGAGACAGGGAGGCCAUCGCUGGCGGUUCGAGGAAAAGCUGAGCUACAACGCCCCGUCGCCAGUGCAGUCUGGACCGCGGACCAAUCGACUUUCUAUCAGUUGAACACGAAGUGUCAGGACUUCCUCACCCGGUAUUAUGGAAGCAGUCUCCUCAGCCCGGGCGACCCGAACAUGAUGCACGUGAAUCGCAGGCUCCUGCAACUAGCCUUCGCCUACCCUUAUCUCAUGCACGCCUCUCUCGCCGUGGCACUCACCUACGACCGCCACCUGAAUACCUCAGCAGGCAGCCGUCGCAGUCUGGACGAGUGCUACCACUGGUACCAGAGCACCGCACUUCUCAACCGGCGGUUCAGGGAGCGGCCGAUCCACGCUGAAGACAAGGAUCCACUCUGGGGCACGCUGGCUGCGCUGGCAGUUCUGGCCUUCUCCUCUCCUGAGGCAUGCACGCCGGAAGAAUCGUGGCCCUUCACCCUCUCAGACCAAACCGAUGCGUUGGACUGGGUCCGUCUGAGCAAAGGUAAAAUGGCACUGUGGCAUAUCGUCGACCCCCUACGCCCGGACAGUGUCUUCCGCGUCAUGGCACCUACCUUUGCACAGAUGAACACCUCCUUGCCGCAGCGCGGCGUGCAUCGUAUACCGCGGGCUGUGGCGGCCUUGUGCCUCCUCCACGAGGCAUCGACGGCGACAGAUAAUCCGUACUUCGAGGCCGCCCACGCUGUUGCGCAGAUCCUGGACCUUCCAGACACAGGAGUCACCACCGGUCCAGCGCAGCUCUUCAUCCGCAGUAUCCAUGGUGUCUUUGAGGACAUGCUCCGCAACAGGGACCCUGCCGCGCUCGUGUUGCUGUAUCUGUGGUACCGCAAGGCCGGUCGCAGUAUCUGGUGGAUUGAGCUGAGAGCCCGAGUGGAGUGUCCCUCGAUCUGCUUAUACCUUCAACGAUAUCACAAAGGGGAUACUGCGGUGCAGGCGUUCCUUCCGGAUGGAGUCUUUGCGGAGAGGUGGAGUUGAACGGGUUCUUCCACCGAAGCCUUGUUUGCAGACUGCGUGUCAAAGACAGCCGG